UGCGGUCACACUGUUCGAAAGAGCGAGACGAAAAACACGGCAACACGGCGAACGGAAAACUCAGUGAAAAUUUUUCCGUGUGAUUAUCAUGUGGGCCUAACAAAAGACAAGCGAUCGGGUCGCGUCAUCUGUUGUUUUUGCGCCAAAUGUCUUAAAAUUCCGGAGAUAGUGCUUCCAAAAUAAGAUGGCUCUCGAGCCAUACACAAAGUCUGCUGAAAUCGAACCUCAAUUGUGCCAAGUUAUAGAUAAUAUUCAAGAUGUGACAACGAAAGCGACGACAUGCGCGAAAUCUAACAGCGGAGUGGGCUGGCGACAAAUGCUGAUCGGCUUUCUACUGAUUUGCUUUGGCAUCUCAAACAGUUGGCAGUACAAAAAUGUUCACAUGCCCAGCUCCUCAUCCCUGAUCGCCAGCCCGCCAGCCAGUGCGUUCGUCAAUACGCCGGCCACCCUGCUCUUCACCACGCGCCACGACAUCCAGGUGGCGAACAUCACGAGGCCCACGGGCGGACCUCAGAUCGAUGUGAUCGUUAGGGAUCUGGCCGAGGCGAUGGCCAUCGAUUUCUACUACGCAAAGAAUCUGGUCUGCUGGACGGAUUCCGGACGGGAGAUCAUUGAGUGUGCGCAAACGAACUCAUCCGCACUGCAGCCGCUAUUGCGGGCGCCCAAGCAAACUGUGAUAUCCACGGGUCUGGACAAGCCCGAGGGCCUCGCCAUCGACUGGUAUACGGACAAGAUCUACUGGACGGAUGGCGAAAAGAAUCGCAUUGAGGUGGCCACGCUGGAUGGUCGCUACCAGAAGGUGCUGUUCUGGACGGAUCUGGAUCAGCCGCGAGCGGUGGCCGUGGUUCCUGCUCGCAAAUUGCUCAUCUGGACGGAUUGGGGGGAGUAUCCGAAGAUUGAGCGAGCCAGCAUGGACGGGGAUCCACUGUCACGCAUGACAUUGGUCAAGGAGCAUGUGUUCUGGCCCAACGGAUUGGCAGUAGACCUAAAGAACGAGCUUAUCUACUGGACGGAUGGCAAGCACCAUUUCAUCGAUGUGAUGAGAUUAGAUGGAAGCAGUCGGCGAACGAUAGUCAACAACCUAAAGUAUCCCUUUAGUUUGACCUUCUUCGAUGAUCGUUUGUACUGGACGGACUGGCAGAGGGGCUCCCUGAAUGCCUUGGACCUGCAAACCCGUGAACUAAAGGAGCUAAUAGACACGCCCAAGGCACCGAACUCUGUCAGAGCAUGGGAUCCCUCACUGCAGCCUUAUGAGGAUAAUCCCUGUGCUCACAACAAUGGAAAUUGCUCACAUCUUUGCCUGCUGGCGACAAACUCGCAAGGAUUUAGUUGCGCCUGUCCCACCGGAGUGAAGCUAAUCUCUGCAAAUACGUGUGCUAAUGGUUCGCAGGAGAUGAUGUUCAUUGUGCAGCGAACGCAGAUUAGUAAGAUAUCCCUGGAUUCACCGGAUUACACUAUAUUCCCGCUGCCUUUGGGGAAGGUUAAGUACGCAAUAGCCAUAGAUUACGAUCCAGUGGAGGAGCAUAUCUAUUGGUCCGAUGUGGAGACGUACACGAUCAAAAGAGCUCAUGCCGAUGGCACCGGGGUGACCGAUUUUGUGACCUCCGAGGUGAGGCAUCCCGAUGGCUUGGCACUGGAUUGGCUGGCUCGCAAUCUCUAUUGGACGGAUACGGUGACGGAUCGCAUAGAGGUCUGCCGCCUGGAUGGUACGGCGAGGAAAGUGCUGAUCUAUGAGCAUUUGGAGGAGCCGAGAGCCAUUGCAGUGGCUCCAUCGCUGGGCUGGAUGUUCUGGAGCGACUGGAACGAGCGCAAGCCCAAGGUGGAGCGCGCCUCGCUGGAUGGAUCAGAGCGUGUGGUUCUGGUCUCUGAGAAUCUGGGCUGGCCCAAUGGCAUUGCCUUGGAUAUUGAGGCCAAGGCCAUCUACUGGUGUGAUGGCAAGACGGACAAGAUCGAGGUGGCCAACAUGGAUGGGUCUGGCCGACGCGUGGUGAUCAGCGACAAUCUGAAGCAUCUGUUUGGCCUGAGCAUCCUGGAUGACUACCUAUACUGGACAGACUGGCAACGUCGCUCGAUAGAUCGUGCUCACAAGAUAACAGGCAACAAUCGGAUAGUUGUUGUGGAUCAGUAUCCAGAUUUGAUGGGACUAAAGGUGACACGUUUGCGGGAAGUGAGGGGACAGAACGCUUGUGCCGUGCGGAAUGGUGGAUGCUCGCAUCUCUGCCUGAAUCGUCCCAGGGAUUAUGUCUGCCGGUGUGCCAUUGAUUACGAGCUGGCCAACGACAAGCGAACAUGUGUGGUGCCAGCUGCUUUCCUACUGUUCUCCCGCCAGGAGCACAUUGGUCGGAUUUCUAUCGAGUACAACGAGGGUAACCACAACGACGAGCGGAUACCGUUUAAAGAUGUGCGGGAUGCACAUGCUCUGGAUGUUUCUGUGGCCGAGCGAAGGAUUUACUGGACAGAUCAGAAGAGCAAGUGUAUUUUCCGCGCCUUUUUAAAUGGUUCGUACGUUCAAAGAAUUGUGGACUCCGGUCUGAUUGGUCCUGAUGGCAUCGCUGUCGAUUGGUUGGCCAAUAAUAUUUACUGGUCAGAUGCAGAAGCUCGUCGCAUUGAAGUUGCUCGCCUAGAUGGCAGCAGUCGGCGAGUGCUCCUGUGGAAAGGAGUGGAGGAGCCACGUUCCUUGGUUCUAGAACCGCGAAGAGGCUAUAUGUACUGGACGGAAUCGCCAACAGAUUCGAUUCGCAGAGCGGCAAUGGACGGGUCUGACUUGCAGACCAUCGUAGCGGGUGCCAAUCAUGCCGCCGGACUAACCUUCGACCAGGAGACAAGACGUCUGUACUGGGCCACCCAAUCGCGGCCAGCUAAAAUCGAAAGUGCUGACUGGGAUGGUAAGAAGCGGCAGAUUCUGGUUGGCAGCGAUAUGGAUGAACCGUAUGCGGUGUCCUUGUACCAGGACUAUGUGUACUGGAGCGACUGGAACACUGGAGACAUUGAGCGAGUACACAAGACAACGGGUCAGAAUCGCAGCCUGGUGCACUCGGGCAUGACGUACAUCACCUCGCUGCUGGUGUUCAACGAUAAGCGCCAGACAGGUGUUAAUCCGUGCAAGGUGAACAAUGGCGGUUGUUCACAUCUUUGCUUGGCUCAGCCCGGAAGACGGGGCAUGACCUGCGCCUGUCCCACCCACUACCAGUUGGCCAAGGACGGCGUCUCCUGUAUUCCGCCCAGAAACUACAUUAUCUUCAGUCAGAGGAACAGCUUUGGGCGAUUGCUACCGAACACCACGGAUUGUCCAAAUAUUCCACUGCCCGUCUCUGGCAAGAAUAUUCGUGCUGUGGACUAUGAUCCAAUCACUCAUCAUAUUUAUUGGAUUGAGGGCAGAAGUCACAGCAUCAAACGAUCUCUUGCCAACGGCACCAAGGUCAGCUUAUUGGCUAACUCGGGUCAGCCUUUUGACCUGGCCAUCGACAUAAUUGGGCGCCUGCUUUUCUGGACUUGCUCCCAGUCCAACAGCAUCAAUGUAACUAGUUUCCUGGGCGAAUCCGUUGGCGUCAUCGAUACGGGAGAUUCGGAGAAGCCUCGCAACAUUGCAGUGCAUGCCAUGAAGCGCCUGCUCUUUUGGACGGAUGUUGGUAGCCAUCAGGCUAUAAUACGUGCCCGAGUUGAUGGCAAUGAGCGCGUGGAGCUGGCUUACAAACUGGAGGGAGUAACUGCCUUAGCCUUGGAUCAGCAAUCCGAUAUGAUUUACUAUGCACAUGGCAAGCGGAUCGAUGCCAUUGAUAUCAACGGAAAAAACAAAAAAACACUUGUUUCUAUGCACAUUUCGCAAGUGAUCAACAUCGCUGCCUUGGGUGGCUUUGUCUACUGGCUGGAUGAUAAAACCGGCGUGGAACGUAUUACAGUGAAUGGCGAAAGACGAUCUGCCGAACUGCAGCGACUACCUCAGAUCACCGACAUCCGGGCCGUUUGGACGCCGGAUCCGAAAGUGCUGCGAAACCACACGUGCAUGCACAGCCGAACCAAGUGCUCGCACAUCUGCAUUGCCAGCGGUGAAGGAAUCGCUCGAACCCGCGACGUCUGCUCCUGCCCAAAGCAUCUAAUGCUGCUGGAGGACAAGGAGAACUGUGGCGCUUUUCCGGCCUGUGGACCGGAUCAUUUUACGUGCGCGGCUCCCGUAUCGGGAAUCAGUGACGUGAACAAAGACUGCAUCCCAGCCUCGUGGCGUUGUGACGGACAGAAGGACUGUCCGGACAAGUCGGACGAGGUGGGUUGUCCCACUUGCCGGGCAGAUCAGUUCAGCUGUCAGUCGGGCGAGUGCAUCGACAAGUCGCUGGUGUGCGAUGGCACCACCAAUUGUGCCAACGGUCAUGAUGAAGCCGAUUGUUGCAAGCGGCCAGGGGAGUUCCAGUGUCCCAUUAACAAGCUCUGCAUCUCGGCCGCCUUGCUCUGCGAUGGCUGGGAGAACUGCGCCGAUGGAGCCGAUGAAUCCUCGGAUAUCUGCCUGCAGCGUCGCAUGGCACCUGCUACCGACAAACGUGCCUUUAUGAUUUUGAUUGGCGCUACGAUGAUAACCAUAUUUUCGAUUGUCUAUUUGCUGCAGUUCUGCCGCACGCGUAUUGGAAAGAGUCGAACGGAGCCUAAGGAUGAUCAGGCCACUGAUCCAUUGUCACCGUCGACGCUGAGCAAAUCGCAAAGGGUUUCCAAAAUCGCUUCGGUUGCGGAUGCAGUACGCAUGUCUACGCUGAACUCGCGCAACAGCAUGAACUCCUACGAUCGCAAUCAUAUCACAGGCGCCUCGAGCUCAACGACGAAUGGUAGCAGUAUGGUGGCGUAUCCAAUCAAUCCACCACCGUCGCCGGCAACCAGAUCGCGUCGUCCGUACCGACACUACAAGAUCAUCAAUCAGCCUCCACCACCCACACCCUGCUCAACGGACAUUUGUGAUGAGUCUGACUCGAAUUAUACGAGCAAAUCGAACAGCAAUAACAGUAAUGGGGGAGCCACAAAGCAUUCUUCCAGUUCGGCGGCCGCCUGCUUGCAAUAUGGCUACGAUAGUGAGCCGUAUCCGCCGCCGCCGACACCACGCUCCCAUUACCACAGCGAUGUGCGCAUUGUGCCGGAAUCCUCCUGCCCGCCAUCGCCGUCAUCGCGGAGCUCCACGUACUUCUCGCCGCUCCCGCCCCCGCCAUCACCAGUGCAGUCGCCCAGUCGGGGAUUUACGUAACAUUUUGAGAGUUACAUGUAAAUUGAGAGAAGGAGCAACAUAUCACUUCUUUGCAUAGCUUUUCGUUUUAUGAUUUUUUUUAAUGUUUCCAACUCUAAUUGCUACAACUGAUUUGUAAAUAUGUAUGUGAGUUUACUUGGUCAUUUAAGGCUUUAACUAAUUUUAAUCAUAGCUUAGAGAGAGCGUCCAUGCCUGAAGGACUUAUUCGAUCUCGUUAAGUUUCAUUUUGCCAGAUAGCCCGAAAUAGAUUGCAGUAUAAUGCUUUGCAGCUACCAUACGCAACAAUAGACUGCAGAUUAUUAGCAAUUACCUUAGGUCUAAAUGAUGUAAUAUGCGAUAGGUGAGUCUUUUGAAAUUCCGUGUGCCAAAUUUUCCGAAACCUGACAGAAAAUUCACAAUUGGUUAAAACCUAAGUACGCAAUUUUCAUUUAAAUGCAUUUAACACCUAGAGUUAGUUUAAUAUUUAGUUUAAAAGUGUAAAUAGAUAACUAUAUUAUGAAGCAAUAUUGACGGAUAUGCGACUAA